AUGGAGUUCUUCAACAAAGCUAAAUCUGUGAGACUCAGAAGCCACCUUGGCAAGUACCUCGUCGCCGACGACGAUGAAGAGACCGUCCGGCAAAGCAGUAACGGCUCCUCAAGAAAAGCCCGUUGGACCGUCGAGUUUGUGGAAGGGAAUAGCCAUGUCAUUCGUCUCAAGAGCUUUCAUGGCAAGUACCUCACCGCCUCCGACGAGCCUUUCCUUCUAGGUAUGACAGGAAAAAAGGUGGUCCAAACUAUACCGACUACGAUGAAGGAUAAUUCUAUAGAGUGGGAGCCGAUAAAGGAAGGGUUUGAAGUGAAGUUAAGGGCAAAAGGAGGGAAGUUCUUGAGGGCUAAUGGGGCCACACCGCCAUGGAGGAACUCUAUAACUCAUGAUCUUCCUCACAGAACUGCAACACAAAGUUGGGUUUUGUGGGAAGUCGAUGUAGUGGACAUUUGUGUAUUGGACUUGGAGUCUGAGUCAUUGCCUAGCUACAUGUCGCCGGCGUCAAGUUUUUCUUCAUCACCGGCCGACGAUUUUACGGUUUCAGACUCUCGCUCCCCAUCAAUCGCCCCUGAGAGCCGUUCGUCUUCAAUCUUCCCCUAUAGAUCCAGACCCUCUAGUGGAAGACAGAACGGAAUGGAGCUAUUUGACAAAGCUAAAGCAGUUAGACUCCAAAACCACCACGGCAAGUACUUAGUUGCCGACGAUGAUGAACAGACCGUCCGGCAAAGCCGUAAUGGCUCUUCCCACAAGGCACGUUGGACAGUCGAGUUCAUCGAAGGAAAACCCCAUGUUAUCCUCCUAAAGAGCCACCACGGCCUGUACCUCACCGCCACCGACAAGGCAUUCCUUCUCGGAAUGACCGGAAAAAAGGUUCUUCAAACUCUUCCGGCGACAAAGUCGGACACUUCAAUCGAGUGGGAGCCUAUAAAAGAAGGGGCUUUCCAUGUGAAGCUUCGAACAAGCCAAGGGAAGUUCUUGAGGGCAAAUGGCGGAACACCUCCUUGGAGGAACUCCAUAACUCAUGAUGUUCCUCAUAGAACUGCGACUCAGGAUUGGGUUUUGUGGGGAGUGGAUGUUGUGGAUAUAUCGUUGUCGGAUUCGGAGUCGUUAUCGAGCUGUACAUCGACGGCGUCAAACUUUUCUGCAUUGGCAGAUGAUUUUUCUGGGUCGCCGGACACCGGGUCACCGAUAGUCGUUUCCGCAGGAAGGCUUGGACAUGCCUCUACGAGGCAGAGCUCUGGAAUGGAAUUCUUCCAAAAAGCAAAAACGAUCAGGCUCCGAAGCCACCAUGACAAGUACUUACUAGCCGAAGAAGACCAAGAAUCCGUGUACCAAGAUCGAUAUGGCUCAGCCAAAAACGCAAAAUGGACUGUGGAAUUCGUUGAAGGCAUUAACAAAGUCGUUCGCUUGAGAAGCUGUUAUGGCAAAUACCUCACUGCCACUGAAGAACAAUUCCUUCUGGGCGUGACGGGUCAUAAAGUUCUUCAAACUACGCCGACAAAAUUGGAUUCAUCGAUCGAAUGGGAACCCAUAAGAGAUGGGUUUCUAGUGAAGCUCAAAACUAGAUAUGGGAACUUUUUACGAGCAAAUGCUGGGCUACCACCUUGGAGAAACUCAGUAACACAUGAUAUACCUCAGAGGCAUCAUGAUUGGGUUUUAUGGGAAGUUGAUGUCGUUGAGUUACGAUCAGAAUCAUCGGAAAAUGUUUCACGAUCAGCAUCACAGGAAAAUGUUUCACGAUCGGAGUCUUUGGAUUUGGAUUCGGAUCCGGAUCUUAGCUCGUCUUCUUUUCAUCUUCGCUCACCCAGAUUCUCCAAGCUUGAGACAAACGAUACAUUGGGUGGUUCACCGGUGAAGUCUAAAGGACGAAUUAUACAUUAUACUGUUGUAGAUGACAAUGGAAACGUUGCUGAUGAUGCCAUUGAAGGGCCUUCCUUUAAUUUUAAAGGCCAUGGUUUAGAGGAAUUGACUCGGAAGUUGGAGGAAGAGACGGGGCUAGAGGACAUUAUUGUGUGUUCCCGCGACACACGUGGAAAGCUAUAUCAACUUCGGUUAGCUCUUCCCCCAAACAAUGCAGCCAUUCAUAUUGUUGUAGUUCCGUCGACUUCUAAAGUGGCAAGCGAGUUUUUGGCAAAGACCCUCACUUCAACCAUGACCUAG